GUGGGAGAAAUCAGUGCAGCCAAAUUCAGAACUAAAGAGAAGAGAAUAAAGACUCAUAACUUUCUCAUUGAAGCUGCCUUCUUACCAAGUCCAGAGGAUCUCUACUCUGGACAAAGGAACGCCCUGAACAUGGCAUCAGAGAUCCACAUGCCAGGCCCAGUGUGCCUCAUUGAGAACACUAAAGGGCAUCUGGUGGUGAAUUCAGAAGCUCUGGAAAUCCUGUCUGCCAUUACACAGCCUGUAGUAGUGGUGGCAAUUGUGGGCCUCUACCGCACAGGCAAAUCCUACCUGAUGAACAAGCUGGCUGGGCAGAACAAAGGCUUCCCUCUGGGCUGCACAGUGAAGUCUGAAACCAAAGGCAUCUGGAUGUGGUGUGUGCCCCACCCCUCCAAGCCAAACCACACCCUGGUCCUUCUGGACACGGAGGGCCUGGGUGAUAUGGAAAAGAGUGACCCUAAGAGUGACUCGUGGAUCUUUGCCCUGGCUGUGCUUCUAAGCAGCAGCUUUGUCUACAACAGCAUGGGCACCAUCAACCACCAGGCCCUGGAGCAGCUGCACUAUGUGACUGAGCUAACAGAGCUAAUCAGGGCAAAAUCGUGCCCCAGACCUGAUGAAGUUGAGGACUCCAGCGAGUUUGUGAGUUUCUUUCCAGACUUUAUUUGGACUGUUCGAGAUUUUACCCUGGAGCUGAAGUUAGAUGGACACCCCAUCACAGAAGAUGAGUACCUGGAGAAUGCCUUGAAGCUGAUUUCAGGCAAGAAUCCCCAAAUCCAAAAUUCUAACAAGCCCAGGGAGUGGAUCAGGCAUUUCUUUCCAAAACGGAAGUGCUUUGUCUUUGACCGGCCAAUAAAUGACAAAAAACUCUUACUCCAUGUUGAAGAAGUACGACAAGACCAACUGGAUAGUAAUUUCCAGAUGCAAUCAGAAAAUUUCUGUUCUUAUAUCUUCACCCAUGCAAAGACCAAGACCCUGAGAGAGGGAAUCCUUGUCACUGGAAACCGGCUGGGGAUGCUGGUGGAGACCUACCUGGAUGCCAUCAACAGUGGAGCGACUCCUUGUCUGGAGAAUGCAAUGGCAAUUCUGGCCCAGUGUGAGAACUCAGCGGCCGUGCAGAGGGCAGCCAACCACUACAGCCAGCAGAUGGCCCAGCAAGUGAGAUUCCCCACAGACACACUCCAGGAGCUGCUGGACGUGCAUGCAGUUUGUGAGAGGGAAGCCAUUGCAGUCUUCAUGGAGUACUCCUUCAAAGAUAAAAGCCAGGAAUUUCAGAAGAAGCUUGUGGACACCAUGGAGAAAAAGAAGGAAGACUUUGUGCUGCAGAAUGAAAAGGCAUCUGCCAAAUAUUGUCAGGCUGAGCUUAAGCGGCUUUCAGAGCUCUUGACGGAAAGUAUUUCAAGAGGAACUUUCUUUGUUCCGGGGGGGCACAAUAUCUACUUAGAAGCAAAAAAGAAGAUUGAACAGGACUAUACACUAGUGCCCAGAAAAGGAGUUAAGGCAGACGAGGUCCUCCAGAGCUUCCUGCAGUCACAGGUGGUUAUAGAGGAAUCCAUCCUGCAGUCAGACAAAGCCCUCACUGCUGGAGAGAAGGCCAUAGCAGCUAAGCAGGCUAAGAAGGAGGCAGCUGAAAAGGAACAGGAGCUGCUAAGACAAAAACAGAAGGAACAGCAGCAAAUGAUGGAGGCUCAAGAGAGAAGCUUCCAGGAAAACAUAGCUCAACUCAAGAAGAAGAUGGAGAGGGAAAGGGAAAACUAUAUGAGAGAACUGAGAAAGAUGCUGAGUCACAAGAUGAAGGUCCUAGAAGAACCGCUUACUGAAGGAUUUAAAGAGAUAUUUGAGUCGUUAAAUGAAGAGAUUAAUCGACUGAAAGAACAGAUUGAAGCAGCUGAAAAUGAAGAGCCCUCAGUGUUUUCACAGAUUCUUGAUGUGGCUGGCAGUAUAUUUAUUGCAGCACUACCUGGGGCUGCUAAGCUAGCUGAUUUAGGAAUGAAAAUUCUUAGCUCAUUUAUGUAAUAGGCUGAGAAAUCCUGGUAAGAAAAUUCUAAGCUGAGGUUUCUUUUGUUAAAAUGGUAUAACACUGUUGCUCAUUUUAAAAGUAUAUGUGUUAUUGCAGUUUCAUUUAAGAAAAGUUUAAAAUUAAAAAGCAAAUUUCAAAGAAUAUUAUGGCCUGAAGUUCAUAAAAACAAACUUAAUUUUGACUAAAGUAAUAAUUAAUAGAAAUGGGGAACAAGUUAGAAGAUAAAAUUAUUCCUAGAAAAGAUUUAAGUAAAGCAAAAGGACAAAUGGUAAGAUAAAGAAAUUAUUUUCAAUUAAUGUUAUAGUCACAGAGAUAAUUUAAGUUAUAAUUAGCUCUUGCAAAUCAGUGAGAAGAGAGUAACACCACAUAUUUUAAACGGACAAAAAUAUGAUAAUAAAAAUGUUUAAUUUUACUGACAAUAAAAGUUGUGCAAAGAAAAA